GUCACGCGAAAGCUCUCUUUAGCAUAUAAAGCGAAUAUGUAUAUGUACAUCUCACCCCCUUUCACGCGUUCACACCUCUAUUCUCCAUAAAAGCUUUCUUCACAAAAUCGAGCAGGGGAUUUGCAGAGAGAGAGAGAGAGAGAGAGAUACCUGCGGUAUAGCUUUUGACCCAAAACCAAGAUGCCGAAGAACAAGGGUAAGGGAGGCAAGAACCGGAAGCGAGGGAAGAACGAGGCGGACGACGAUAAACGCGAGUUGGUGUUCAAGGAAGACGGGCAAGAGUACGCGCAGGUGCUUCGGAUGCUGGGGAACGGUCGGUGCGAGGCCACGUGCAUCGACGGCACCAAGCGGCUCUGCCACAUCCGAGGCAAGAUGCACAAGAAGGUGUGGAUCGCCGCCGGCGACAUCAUCCUCGUGGGACUCAGGGACUACCAGGACGACAAGGCUGACGUUAUCCUCAAGUACAUGCCCGACGAGGCUAGGCUCUUGAAGGCCUACGGCGAGCUGCCGGAGACAACCCGGUUGAACGAGGGGAUUGCCGGUGGGUUGGUCGAGGAAGACGAUGCAGCUGGGGAUGACUACAUCGAGUUUGAGGACGAGGAUAUUGAUAAGAUCUAAAUUUCUAAAAACCAAAAAAAUAUAAGGUUUGGAUUUAGAUUCAGUAUACUUUGUUCUGUGUGUUUUGCUUGCGUUUCUACUUUCUGAUACUACAACGAACAAUAUGUAACGUUUUGCUUUUUCUUAUUCAAUAAUACUAAAGGGGUUGGCUAUGUUCUGUCCUGGUCGUUCAA